UUUCGGUGUUCGAUCAUUAGUUCUGUGCUGAGCAUUACAGUUGUCACUUGUUAUUUCAUUGCUGGUGAAUCAAUAACAUGACAUGAAAGUGUCAUCGUAAAAUUUGUUAGCAAGAAGUGCAACAUUACGGCAAAUAUCGUGGAUGAGUGUAUUUAGUGAUCAUUCUUUAAGUUUCGAAACCAAAGAUAAACCAUAUUAUUGGGAAUAGAAAUAAAAUUAUAAAGUGAAUUUGGUCGUUGCUUUCUUGAAUCAAAUUGAUGAAUUAAUAAGCGAUGAACGUUGUGGUUUUAGUAUCCAGUUCUGUAGUAUUCUUUAUCAAUUGGUUCGAAUAAAUUGAAUCAUUCGUGAUACGUGUGUAUUUUUAAGUGAAUUAAAAAAAAUGAGUGCUGGAACAGCGCCGUCAAGCUCGAGCAGUGGUCGAAGUGGUUCACAAUCUAACCCCAGAUCAAUAGACGGAAGUGGGUAUAUUUAUACGCUCCUACAGGACGAACGCAAUGGAGUGUGCUAUUAUCUUGAACAAAACAGUCAAAACGAAGAACGGGCGAUGUGGGAAAAAGCAGCAGAAAAAAUGGGAUACGCAUUAACCGAUAUAAUUAAAAUUAAAAAAAUGGCCCAAGAUAAAAGUGUCUCACCAGCGGAGCAACUGUUAAGAGUUUGGAGCGAUUUAAAUCAUACCAACACCGAAUUGUUCAUGGUUUUGUAUAGUCUCAAACUAUUCGAAGCGAUGGAAUGUUUAAAAAACCGUGUUGAUGUUAGCUAUCAUCGGCUGAUUCCGAAGAAAGUACUUAAAGAAACUAAACCGAAUGACACGAUAUCAACGGAGAAGAUUUUAAAUGGACCAGAAAUGAGCCGAACUUCAAAUGAAAGUGAAUUCAAUUCGACUUCCAUGGAAACGUCGAGUAAAAUCACCGUAGAUCGAAACGAAAUCAAAGAGGUGGCUAAUCAAAUACCGAAGAUUUUGUAUAAUGAAUUGUCUGAGGCAACAAACAAAUGGAGCAAAGAGAAUAUAUUGGGUCGUGGUGGAUUUGGAACUGUGUUCAAGGGACGAUGGAAGUAUACGGAUGUUGCCAUAAAGAAAAUCGAAUACAAGAGUGGCGAUAUGAAGAAGAAUGCAAAGGUUCAAAUGCAGCAAAGCUUAAACGAGUUGCGAUAUUUGAAUUCGUGUCGACACGACAAUAUUUUACCACUCUAUGGAUACAGCGUGGAUGGCCCAGAACCGUGUCUAGUUUAUCAAUUCAUGGCAGGUGGUUCAGUUGAGCGGAGAUUACAUGCGAAAACAACACCCGAACCUCUAACAUUUAUUGAACGAAUGAAAAUUGCUUUGGGAACGGCGCGUGGCCUUCAGUAUCUCCACACGUAUCGGGGAAAGAAAGAACCACUGAUACACGGAGACAUAAAACCUGCAAAUAUUUUGCUUGAUUCGAGUUGUGUACCGAGAAUUGGCGAUUUCGGAUUGGUGAGAGAAGGAUCCGACGAAUUGAUGGAAGUAUCCAGUGUUUAUGGAACGAGACCGUAUUUACCAGUAGAAUUUUUGGCCAAUCGUAUAUUUUCCACUAAAAUCGACACAUUCAGCUAUGGAGUGGUUAUAUUCGAAUUAUUCACCGCACUGAAAGCGCAUGACAAAACCCGUGGAGCAAAUGUAACACUUUUAUCAAAAUACAUUUGGUUCAAAUCCAGAAACAAUGAACCAAUGGCACCUCUCAUCGAUAAGUCGAUGGAUCCAGCCACAGUGUCUGUUCCGUUGUAUGAUGCACUUAUGAAAAUCGGACUUGCAUGCACGAAUGAAAAUAAUGGGGAAAGACCUGAAAUGGUUGCGGUACUAAAUACGCUGGAAGAACUUAUGGAUAAAUAUCAAUAAAUCAAACACAUUCCCAUUUACUUUUUAACCGACUCCAUUCCAAGAACAAAAUUCAAUUUUAUUCAAAAUGUUUGCGAAAUCAUUCCACUGCACCCUUUUUAGAAGUAUCAAAAAUAAACAACGUUUAUAUUACAUUUCAA